AUGUAUAGACAGUACGGUAUUUUGUUUUGGGGACUAACCGUCCAAAACGAACCGGUUCAGGAUCACGGAAACAAUGGACUCAAAAUGACGGCACUAGAGGAACGGGAUUUCAUUAAAUACAAUUUGGGUCCCACUCUAUGGUCGGCCGGUUUCGAUAGGGAACGACUAAAAUUGUUGAUAUUUGACGACACGUCGCCUCAUAUACGCGAAUAUGUGGACACAAUAUUGACGGAUACAGAGGUCACAAAAUACGUGUCGGGCGUAGCGCUGCACUGGUAUUACAACGAAAUUAUGGGUCCAUUUCCCGACCGAGUUCUCGAUUAUGUCCACUAUAAGUAUCCAGAUUUUCCGGUUAUCAAUACAGAGGCGUGCAGUUUGACGGGUGCUAUGAAUGGCAAUUGGAAUUACGCUGAACACUAUGCCUACGAUAUUAUUCGGUUCGUUGACAACGAUAUCUAUCUCAUGGUCUGUCGGUCCCUGUAUUUCACGCAACUGAUUGUCAUUUUUAUUUUCUAAUUCAAAUCUGGUAGUCCUGGCAGUGCUCGGGUUUGUUGUACUAGUAGUUGACAAUUUCAUAUUAUUAUUAUAUUCAUGACUGGACAUUAAAAAACAUAAAAAUUAUUAAUAAAA